UCUCUUAACCAAGUGCCACAUCAUAUGAUGAACGUUGUUAGUUUAGGCGUUUCAUGUUUCUUUCUAAUGACUAAUAGUAGAAUUUAUUUAUUUAAUUUAAUUCGUUUCAUAUCAAUCAAAAAGACACGUUUCAUCACAUAAAGCAUUUAUACGGGAUAUUGUCAUCAAUUCUGUAUUCAUCAAAUAAGAAAGGACAUGCUGCUCGAAAAACAAAUGCUACCAAAUUCUAGGGAGCAUUCCGCAGUAACACCAUCAGCUCCUCCAAGUAAUCCACCCUAUUUCCAAACUCCUGCUGCCACUCAUACGUCCCAACCACAUUUUUUAUAUCCUAACAGUCAUGCACCACAAUUAGCUCCAUGCUUAAAAAUAUCCCAAACAGUACCACAAGUUGAACCUCAACCUUUAGCACCACAAUCACAUUUAAAUCAAAAUUUUUGUUCACUUCAAGCCAGCUUUGGGGUACAAACUUAUCCCUUUCAUCCAUUCGUAAAUUCACAUGCCUCUACUACAGGCUUGCAUUCUAAUCAAAGCAAUUUUGAAAAAUUUGAUCCUGCUGGUCCUAUGCAUGGUAAUACCUUUCCUUACCAGAGUGGAGCCUAUUCUGGAGGUCCAAACAACAAUGGGUAUUCUCCUCACGGAGCAUCCACAUUAUACAACCCACAAGUCUCUCAAAUGGCUUCUCAAGCUCAAGCUAAGUUUUCUCCGAUGGUUGUACCUGCAGAGUCUUCCAAUUCAAGCGGUGAUGCGAAUAUUCUACUAAAAGCUUUGAAAGGCUCCAAAAUCGAUGAACAGUCUGUUAUCCAAGUACUGGCAAACCGUACUAACUUGCAGCGUUUGGAAAUCGCAGAACAAUAUAAAGUACUAAGUGGCAAGGAACUGGCUGAAGUAAUUAAAUCCAAGAUGUCUGGAAAACUUAAAAGGUUAUUACUUGCUAUGAUAAUGCCUUUGUCACAAUUUUAUGCUAAGGAAUUAUUCAAUGCUGUGGAUAAAAUUUUUUCUGACAAAAGCAUACUGGAUCAGAUACUGGUUGUUUUGUCGAAUCAGGAAAUUCUCGAGGUCACUCAAGCUUACAAAGAUGUGUAUGGAAAGUCGUUAGAAAACGAAUUGAAUCUGUAUUUUCAUGGAAACUCCAAGCGUCUAAUGGCUUCUAUAUUGUGUGCCAAAAGAGACGAAUCGUUUGAAAUAGAUCCAGCCAGUGCGGCUGAUGAUGCCAGAAAACUCCUCCAAGCUGAACUUCGUUCUAACAAGUCAGUGUUUUACGAGAUACUCGUUCAAAGGAAUUUGGCUCAAUUGUCGUUGAUUUUUGAGGAGUACCGAAACUCUACUGGCCUUGACAUAGAGCAAGGUAUUGAAAAAAAAUUUUCUGAUGAUUUUAGGAAUAUCGAGAGUCGUGUGCACGAUCGUCUUAAUAUUUUACUUGCUAUAGUUAAGCAUGCAAAGAAUAAAGCUGCAUUCUAUGCUGAGCUAAUUUAUAAGAGCAAGAAGGGCUUAGGACUGCUGCUAGAGCAACGUCUCACCAGAAUAAUCGUAACACGGUCUGGAAUCGAUAUGGGAGAAAUAAAGCAAGCAUUUAUACAACAGUAUGGAAAGACCUUGGAGGCCUUUAUCUCUGAUAAUUUUUCUGGCAAUUAUAAAAAAUGUCUACUAACCCUUACCUCUCAAUAA